UUACUGUCAAUCAAUUGGAUUGGAGUCUUUUGGGUUUGGUUUGGUAAUUUUUGUAAUUGAACAUUUCCAAAGUGCAUUGGUAUUUUUUGUUAUUUUAUUUUAGUUGUUGAUUUCUGUAAAAAAUAAGUUUACGAUGACGGAGCAGCAAAUGGAUUGUGCUUUGGACUUGAUGCGGAGGCUGCCGCCUCAGCAGAUUGAGAAGAAUUUAACAGAUUUAAUAGAUCUCGUGCCAAGUUUAUGUGAGGACCUUCUGUCUUCCGUGGAUCAGCCAUUGAAGAUUGCUAAAGACCGUAGCAACGGAAAGGACUAUUUGCUCUGCGAUUACAACAGGGACGGUGACUCGUACAGGUCGCCGUGGUCGAAUACGUACGACCCUCCUCUAGAGGAUGGCUCUAUGCCAUCAGAAAGACUAAGAAAGCUAGAAAUCGACGCCAAUCACGCGUUCGACCAGUACCGAGAAAUGUAUUUUGAAGGUGGUGUGAGCUCAGUAUAUUUGUGGGACAUGGACCAUGGUUUUGCAGGAGUAAUAUUGAUAAAGAAAGCCGGAGACGGCUCACAGAAAAUCAAAGGUUGCUGGGACUCCAUACACGUUGUGGAGGUGGUUGAGAAGAGCUCCGGUCGCAAUGCGCAUUACAAGCUAACGUCCACUGCCAUGCUUUGGCUACAGACCAACAAGGAAGGCAGCGGGACAAUGAACCUCGGUGGAAGUCUUACUAGACAGGCGGAGCAAGAUUCGGCGGUAAGCGACGUGACCCCGCACAUAGCCAACAUCGGCCGCAUGGUCGAGGACAUGGAGAACAAAAUCAGAAAUACCCUCAAUGACAUUUAUUUCGGUAAAACCAAGGACAUAGUGAACGGGCUCCGGUCCGUGGUGCCCGCGGAGGUGGAGCGGCGCACGCAGGCGCUGCGCCACGACCUGGCCGUCGCGCUGCAGCGCCGGCACCAGGGCCGCGCCGACUGACUGCCCGCCGAGUGAGU